GGGACCGAGGAUAGGCUCAGCGACGCAGUGACGUGUGAGGAAGAAGAAGGAGCACUGUCAUGGCGGCCAAGGUGGUGCUGGUGGCCGUCCCAGCAGUGCUGGGGGCUGCCUCCAUCAGAAUAUACAGGGAAACAUCUGAGGAGGGGCUGAUCACGAGGGAAAGAUUGAAUAUCUACAAGCCUCUGCAGCCUUCGCUUCAGAUACAGGAGGACCCAGAGAAGCCAGGGGCCAUAGAGAGUGGGGUAUCAGCAGCAAGACUUACCAUAGUGCCAGUGGUCCAGUCUAUAAAGAGGGCCUACCUUUCUGUAAAAAUGGGAGCCAUACAUUUUUACCACGCAGGACAAGAUGUGUAUUAUUACCUAAAAGACCCUCCUCCAGAGUUUCUGCCCAGAUUUGGCACCAUCACCAUGGCUGGUCUGCUGGGCAUGUUUCUGGCCCGCAAAGGAUCACGCCUCAGAAGGGUUGCUCUUCCUAUGAGCUUGAUGACUGCUGGAGCAUCAGUGUGUUAUCCUUCCCAAGCUGUAGCUGUUGUAAAGCUCACAGGAAAAAAGGUUUAUGCAGCCGGGCAGUGGAGCAGUGCUACUGUGUCGUCACUGUUGUCAUCUCCACCUAAACCUCCACCUGCUCCUGAGGCUCCCCCAUCACCGGAAGAAAAAGUGCCACUGCUAAUCACAGAGCCUGCUGUUGUAGUUGAAGAAUCUGUCGCGUCCACAGAAAAUCCAGUCCAGAGCUCCCCAGUCUCGGAGACGGAAGAACAAAUAUCUGUUCCCGAAGAACCAGCUCCUACUGUGGAGUCUGCAACAGCAGAACAGGCAUCUACAGAACCAACCGCAGAUGUUGUGAAUUCAGUCGCAGCGGAGACAAAUAUACUACCUCCCUCUGAAGAUUCACCUGCUGCUGUUGAGUGUGAAAACCCCCUAGAGCCCAGCCCUGAACCAGACCAACCUUCCUCUGCCCCCGCCCCGUCUGCCCCCGCCCCGUCUGCCCCCGCCCCGUCUGCCCCCGCCCCGUCUGCCCCCGCCCCAUCUGACCCCGCCCCAUCUGACCCCGCGCCAUCAGGCCUCUCCUCAUCAGAUCCCUCCUCAUCAGACCCCUCCUCAUCAGACCCGGUCCCAUCUGAACCCACCCUGAGUGUAGAACCAGAGGUCGCUCCAGCUGAGGACAUAGCAACCAUCUUGGAGUCACCUAGUCCAUCAACAGAGCAGCCCACAGAGACAGUAUCAAAACCAGAGCCGCUGGUCAUUGAGCCGGUCAUCUCUUCAGAGCCUCCUCCAGAAGAGCCACAAACAACUUCAACAGAGGAGACCACACCUCCAACACCUCCAGCUGCAGAGGAGUCAAAAGCUGUUGAAUCACCUGAACCAGAGGCUACAGUGGAACCAGUUGCAGCCUCAGUCCCUGCCCCUGUGACUGAUAAACCCCAGGAAAAAGUGGUGGAAUCAGCUGAGCCAGAACCAGAGUUAGUUAUUGUAGCUGAGGAGGCUCCAGUCACAGCACCUCCUCCUCCUGAGGAAAGUGCAGCAGAAAUCCCCAAAGAAUCAGUUGAAUCAGUAGUGGAGUCAUCUCCUGAGCCUCCUGCCACAGAACAACCAUCUGCUGAUAGUGCCAAAGAGACAGUAGCUGAAAUAGUGUUAGGUGAACCUCCAGUGUCUUCAGACCCUCCUCCAUCUGAAGAAACAUCAACAGACCUGACAACAGCCCCAACGCCAAAUACUACAGAUGAACCUGCACCUGAGAUUAGCAAAGAGGGCACUGGUUUCAAAGCAAAGCCGGCUCUUAUGGACUUUGGACAGUCAAACCCUGAGGAUGCAGACCUGUACACAACCAGAAGCUGAGGACCACAAUACAACAAAUAGCACUGCUACAUUUCCCAUUCAAACUCAGAUGCUGUCCUACAUGAACAGUUUUUAUAUUAUUGUGAAGACUAUUGUUUCUGUAGUUCAAUUCAAAGCAAAUAUUUAUAUAGAAAUUAAGAUUUAAUACAACAUUAUUUCAAACAUAUUUUUAUUCUGGCUUGCAAUCAAAAAGUAUUUAUCAUUAUCUCAGGUUUCUUUGCAAUCAUCAGUUGAAAUUUCUUUUUGUGCUUGAUUUUUCAAAUUUCUUGCUUCCAAUUAUCAAAUUUCCACGAAGAAGAAAUUCAUGGAAAUUUCCAUUUAGAAAAACAAUUUCAGCACUUACACAGAUACAAUUAAGACAAAAUCUUGUUUAAAAAAAAGACUAAACCUGAAAAGACCAAACCAGGUUCUACCCUAGAUUAUAAUCUAAAAAAAAAAAAAAAAUUAACCAGGAGACUAUUUUUUAAUCUAGACUCCAAACAAAGCCAUCAUCAUAAAAUGCCAUGAACAUUCAGUUCAACCAAAUUUGCUUUCUUUUCUGGCAAAACUCCCCAUCUCACUUAACCACAGUAAUAUUUAAUGCAUUUUUGAUUGAAAAACUGAACAUAUUCUGAAUUUACUACUGCAUCCGCUUAAGUGUUCAUGUUUUUUUUUGUUUUGAGAGCAAAUUAUCAUAAUCAUUUCCAAAUCAUUUCUCACUUUUUAUAUUUGUACAGUAUGAGUCCAUGGACAUAUGUUUGUAGCAGACGCGCAUUAAAAUCUAGUUUGCUAAUCUGCAUAAUUUACUGGAAACAUGGAAAGUUGGUCCUCCCACCAGUGUUUUUCAUUUACAGAUGGGAGAUGGAAAUUCUGUGUCACUUAACAGAGAAGCUCUCAGUUACAGCGUUCAUAUUUAUUGUAAUUUUGCCCAUUGUUUUUGUGAAGCUGGAAUUGCUGCGCAUAUGCUGGUAAUUACUGCAAGACUGGUUUCGGUUUGUGGAUCCGAAAAAAAAAGUAAAUUGUGGAUUUAUCGACUCGGAAAAUAAAUCUAUAUUUUCACAAGUUUA